AUGGAAGAGCAAAGCACUAUUAACAAGGUGGAAGAGAGGCUUGAUAGAGCCCUUGCAAGACAAGAUUGGAUUGAUGUUUUGCCUCAUCAUAGCCUUAUGAAUGGUGUUGCUGGAAUUUCAGCCCGAUGGUUAAAGGAGCAGGAGCUUGAUAUGUUAGUUCAUUAUUGCUGGACUCAAAAUGCCACUAGUGAUAUCCUCUCUAAGUUGCACACGUGUUCAGAUGGCCUUCUUACUUGGGGUCAACGUAUACAUGCAAGAUUCAUGAAUGCUAUCAAACAGUGCAAGGCUCGGCUUGAAGAGCUUAGCUAG